CGUUCAACGUCCUCAAAAUAGCAGUCGGAAUUUCCCAAAUGCGAGUAACUGCCGUAUUGGCAUAUAAUUUGUGUUCAUUUCAUAACAUUUUCAGCCCAAUCUCACAUGAACUAGCUAUUCGAUGCACGUAGCAACAUCGGCCAGGUUCAUACCUGCUUUGAUGUAACCAACAUCAUCAUGAUGCUUAUCUACUCUGCGGUUACUCUGUUAGUAUCAUUUGGACUUCCUGUGGCCGGAGACAAGAUAUGUCCACCAAAUGCGGUCAACAAUACUCGUUCUGCUUUUGGUAUGGCCCACUACGCUCAGCUAGGCGUGUGGCUACAAGUGCCUUGCCCAACCUUUAUCACUGGUGAAGUCGUAGAUCGAGUCGGUUGGUUCAAGGAAGCUGAUUCAACGACGCGGUUGAUCAGCCGUAUAAAAGGGGAAGACUAUUCAACGAGCGACAGGUACUCGUUUGGUACGACGGGCUUCAGCCUUGUCAUUAAAGGUAUAGAGGAGACUGAUGAGGGGAAAUAUCUGUGUCAAGUCAUACCUCGAGACACCAGGGACAGAACUGCGGAGAUUAACAUCAAAGUUAUUGGCGAAAAUUUUCCAGCGAGCAGUUUUGAUGAGACAUCUACUGCUACUAUCGAGCAAGGACGCAGACAGACUUUACAAUGUCAGUGCGCAUCACAGUCAGCCAUUGCACCAUCCGUAGUGUAUUGGUCAAUGGGAGAGGGCGUCAAAACAGAGACAGAUAUCAUUGGUGCACGCUUCUCUGAUGGCACCACCCUACAGAUUCAACAUGGUGCUGAUUACAGCAUUGGUAGCGACGCCUCUCUUGCAGUAAACACCCUGAACAAUUUACGAGAUAGCCAACAAUUCUGGUGUCAUGUAUUCCAACCGGACUCUACUCUAAGAAACUGCAUCGUUGAUGUUAGAAUUUCAGGUGAAAAGGAAACCAAUGGCAAUGCCCUGAGAGCGUCUGAGACAUCUUACUACUUGCAAAAAAGCAUGCAGCAAGUUCUCCCUUGCAUCAGUUGGACACCUGGUGACGCCGCUUGUGACGUUGAGUGGAUUAAGCUCGGCAACCCAGAGCGACAAGUUGUCAUCUACAACCUGUCGACCGUCGUCGUUGACUCUAGUCCUGCAUUUAAUCUAACAAGUGACUUUGGUCUGGUUAUUCAGUCACCUGAUGAUGACCACGAUGGAAAAUAUCAGUGUAGCGUGGGAGAAAGAAGCAAGGCAGUAAUUGAAGUCCGAGUGAUAGGAGAUCAGUUCCCAUUGGACAGUGGUAGUGCCAUAGAAGGUGACCCAGUGACCUUUAGACCUCAUACUAGAUUCACACUUCAUUGUCCUGCUCUGUCUGGCAUCGCAAGGACAAAGGGGACUUUGAUCUGGUCCUAUGGAUCACCGGAUGCUCAGUCAACCACUGUGAUUGGUACCUUCAAUCUACUAGAUGGUUCUCACACAAUGAACAGCUUAAAAAACCACAGCUGUCUUGGUGUAUCAACGAACAGAUCUCUCCUGCUGAACAACUGUUCCCAAGAUGGUGACGUCAGAUACUGGUGCCACGUCUUUCCUGCAAAUGACAAUCUAAUCAGGUCAUAUGUCUUAAUAAAAGUGUCAGACGGUGAAUUUGAAACAUCCCUCGCCCUCGUCAUUACUCUGGCCAUCAUUCUAGUCAUCUUCCUGGUUGCUGCUUCUGCUAUCAUUGUUUUCCUUACCUGGAGGCAACGCUCCAAGUCACUGCAUCACAAAGAUGACAAGGAGAGAGGUGACUACAAAAGACUUGACAAGCAAGAUUCUAUCAAAGAGUUGGACGUGAAGACGCUUGCCACCAAGGUCAAAAGUUUUGUGAUCCAGAAGUUCGGCAAGAUUCCUGUCACACCGUGGACUGACGGCGAUCUCGCAUGCUCUGCACCAAUAGAUACGGUUUACAAACCCUUGAGGAUUUUCAUCAACGCCUACGUUGGAGGUAGUUGCAUAAAAUAUCAAUUAGAUUCAGAGUCACAUAUCUUCAGUGAUGGCAUUUCAGAAUUGGCAAAUGAGCAUGUUAUCGUACAGGGCAGGGCGGGAAGUGGUAAGACUACCUGUCUGUACAGGUUACUGUAUGACUGGGCCAAUGGAAGGGAACAUGCCGUUUUUGGUUGCGACAGGAUGGUUUUUCUGUUCACUGCCAAAACGUUUAUUCGUGCCAGAUCAAUCGGCGAAGCAGUUGUUGAAAACAUGCUUCAAAGAGACGCAAACAUUUCCGCAGUAUCCAUUGAUAAGUACUACUCAAAAGACAAAAGCAAACUGACAAUUUUGAUCGACGGUUGCAAUGACAAAGAAGACAUUGACAGCGUCAUGGACAAAUUGACACACCAAGACCUUCUUGACUGCCAGUUAGUGUUGACCACAAGACAAGCAGAGCUUGCUGAGGUUGUGUCAAAAAAACAUAACAUGCGCCAUGUCACAAUUAUUGGGUUUACGCUCAAAAGUGCCAUUGAUUAUGUUAAUGCCGUGUUGGAUACUGUUGACGAAAGAAACAAAGCUACCCCUGAGCACAAACCAGACAAAACUAAAACCAAAGAACCGGGUUCCGCUGAUGUCCCGCAAAAUAAACAAUCAGAGUCACAAGAGCGGGAAGAAUCCGUUCCUCUUAGACAAGAGAAGGCCACACCCACUGAAGAAAAGGCGGAAACUGCCCAAACGCAAAGCCCUAAAAAGAAACGAAACCUUCACAAAUACUUAAAGGAAGACAUUCUUCCACCGGUCAUUUCAAGCCUUCCGGCUGUACUGACAGCUCUUUGUCAGAUGUCGAUCUGGACAAAGGGAGAUGCCUUUAAACCUGACGUUACCAUGGCUGAUUUGAUUAUUAGAGUGGUCAAAUGCUUGUUUGACAAAAAUGCUCAUGCUAAAGGAAAUGAUACCCGAGUUGCAAUCACUGAGGGAGACCAGCUCGAUCAGUUAAUCAAAGAUCAGCUUAACGUACUUGCAGAACUUGGUAGGAUGGCUCAUCCAAGACUGGUCGAAAGUUUUAAAACUCUUACAGACUUUGACAAAGAACAGUUCUUAAAAUCGUCUGAAAAGGGAGAGGAAGUUCUAAAAGUUGCAAGUCAAAUCGGACUUCUUUGUCACUUGAAAGUUGAAUCCAAGAACGAUUCUAUACAGCAAACUACGGAGGCUGUUUUAUUGCAAGUGUCAGAAGUAGAGGUAAGGAAGGGGUGCCUUUGUUGCCCGCAAAAGCGUCACAGUGAAACCGAUCAAGAAUUGCAGCCGACAGCGGAGUUAACUCCAUUGAAUGAACCUCAAGAUGAUAGGUAUUGUUUUGUCUUGGAGAUUCUCCAUGAUUUGUGUGUUGCUAUGUUCUUGGCCCAGUCUGUUAAUAAAGUGAACGAAUUAUUUGUAAUUGCAAGUAUUGGUGAACGACAAUACAUGGAAAGGUUUGCCUAUAUUUUGCACUUUGCCCUCCAGGACAAACAAUUUGACAGGGAUGCCGUUGUCAAACAUUUGGCAAAAAUGAUCGAAGGGGAGCAAGCUAGGCCCAACCGAGGUAGUCUGUUACAAGUAGCACCGCGAUUGCAGACGCUCGUAGAAGUGUCCCUGCAGGCAAAUUUCGAAGGGAAGUGUAAGGGAGCCAUAAACAAAAAACUUAAAGGGGUCUUCAGAGAAGGAAGGGUUCGCUUAAUUGGAAUCUCGAGUUACAAGCUGAGAUUGUUGGCGUACCUCUUCGAGCAUGCAACACCAGAAAAUGGCAGCAAGCUGAAUGCAACGUCUGUGGAGUUGUUCCGAAUUGGUAAAAAUGAGUGGUCGGAGAUUCAAGAAUGUAUUACAUCUUCUAAAUCCAAAGAAAAAAUAAAAAAGCUAGCAGACCUGCAGACGGACAAAGAGACCUCUUUGGUCACGAUCACCCUUCAAACUGAUCAAGAAAACAAACCCGUUGCUGAAGUUAACCAAUCCGGAACUGAUAAAUACCGGUCCCAGAAAGCACAGACGAGAAGUGAGCAACCAGACCCCGAGGCACCUGCAAGACAUUUUGACAAACGGAAUGACAAAUCACUUCCAACAGAACUAUCACCUGAAGACACCACCUCAACCAAUGGAGAUGAGAACUGUGACGAUAAAAAUCGUCAGUCAUCUGAUGUGGAUGCUGCAUCGUAUGAGCUAAUUGGCGGUACGAAGGAACUGGCUUUACUCAAAAGCCUGCGUGAGAGAAUAGAAUCUACAAACCCAGACAUGCCUACGUUUCCCGCUGAGCAGUCUGAUGGCAGUGUUCUUCACACGGUGCAGUCAAUGUGUCUGCAAGAGCUUGUUGAGUCACAGGGUGGUGAGUGCCACACUUCGGGUGCGUCGAGAGACUUAGCUCGUUACCUUCCUCGUCUGGAAAUGCUUGAAAGUCUCGUUCUUGUUGGGACUAUUUUCAGUUCUGACGCGAUUUGUGAUUUUGCGAAAGGUGCACACCAACUCAAGAACCUGAAGAAGUUGGAUCUUCGUCUGAAUAAGCUGUUUGAUGACAGAGCCUUCGUAGCGGUAACAAAUCUGCCUCUACGUGAUUGCCCAAAGUUGUCUGACCUUCGACUGUCUCUGUACAAAGUAACUAUCGCUGGGUUUGAUGAAGUCAAGAAGGAAAUGGACAAGAAUAAAGGAUGGCCUUGGGGAAAACUGGAGACACUGUAUCUGCUGCAUGGAUCACCUGCUGAGAAAUUGCUGAGAUUUCUUUCGGACAGUUUAAACUAUUUUCAUUUUGUCAAACGUUUUCAUCUUUCUGCUACUAAUCAGAACGAAAACAUACAAGAGGAUAUCCUGCAAGGGUUUGUGAAAAAUAUGACAACUGAAAAGAUCAUGCGAAAUCUCAAAGUCCUCUCAAUCAAAAACAUGGAAGCAGUAAAAGAAAGAUUGGCGUCUUUGAAACUUCCCAAAAAUAAGGGGUUCGGUCAACAGUUGAAACAACUUGGGACUGACUUAGGACUUAAAAGAACAAGCGGCAGAGGCGAUUCAGACACCAAACAGAAAGCAAAAGGUAACAGUAAGCAAAACAUGGUAAACAGCGCAGUGGACGAAGCCGAAAAGAAGAAAGGAUUAGAAAAUACAGUAAAGCAAAGUGAGACUACCGUUGACUUAAGCACGCCAAAUGAUGCCGCCAAAAAGGCGGGCGAAACCAAAGAGGAGCCAGGUAGUGGAAACACCGUAGGGCAAAGAGUGGCAAGCGGCUCUUCCAAUGGCGGGACAGACACAGGAGAAUCAGUCGGUGGUAGUGCCACUGGGAAAACACCGACAGACGGCGUUGGCGAUCCUGUUGUAGACACACAGGGAGACACUGUUCGCAAGACUGCUACUAGACAAAAAAUGGAAAACGAAUCCGCCCAUCCAGCUGCAGAUUACACAAGUAAUACAAUUGGCAAGACAGCCGACACCCAAAUAAAGCAAAGCAACGACGGCGAUGCUAUGGCAGACAAUGCAGGGGUCGAUGAAACGACUAAGGCCCAAGUCAGGGCGACAUUUAUGCUCUAGUAUAGACAGUUCUCUCGUCGGGAUGCCCAGCAAGUGGGUGAGUCAAAGACAUGAAUUAUUCAUGAGGCCAUAUUGCUCAACUGAACUCCGUUGACCCAGCACAUUCCGCCUACGCGCAGUUUAUGGGGAGGUGUGUGUGUGAACCGUGACCGUGAUCUGAUGAUCACACCUUUCCGAUCAUUCUGCUGGCGCAAUUUUGAUGAACGCAAACAGCUAGCAUCCAGUAUUAUUCAUGUCAGAAAAUCAACUAUCAUGAAAUACUAAAAAUUCAGUUGUGCAUAAUUUCUUUGCCUGUAUUGUUAACUAAGUGAUCUUUCACUCGGUUGCAGUACACUGUGAAUGGUAUACAUGAUGUGUGUGCAUGUAAAGUGUUUCUUGGCUUGGCUUCGCGAACGAAGAUCAUAAAGGUAGUAGCCCACGUCCAUAGCAAGCCUUCCCCGAUGAGGCCGAUGCGGGAUCGGCAGGGCUAGCGGCAGUGGCAGCAAAAAGAUCUGGCCGGGGUUUAGUGCUACAUCUACAUGUAUAUGCUACAGCAAAGGACACGUAUAGACAAACUCCAUCACGCUCCAAUACCAUUUGCAUUUAAUGAAGUGCUCCCUGUAGUAGAAGCUGUUGUCAAGGAUCGGCUUAAGAAUUCAUGCAUGCUGUACUCUUCAAAUCGGACUUUUUCUGAUAUGCACAAUUGUUAAAAAUCUUUCUACCGACUUUGUGAGUGUCCAAAUUGGAUCAUAUACCCAGGAGUCGAACUUGAUCAUGUGCAUAUAUAAACUAUUCAGAAACUGGUGAGGGCACUAAAUUUCAAGAGAAAGUACGCGUUUUGCAACUAUCCAAAAUGUAACCAAUAAAGUUAUUGUUUAAACCUGGUUAUCUUCUUUUCUCAGCAUAUAAUACGAAACAUUCACAGGAUAAAACGUCAAGUGAUCGGGUUGCAGUCACGGUACACACAGGUACUGUAUGUGUGUACAGGCGGUACGUAUGCUGAGACAUUGGAGUUCAGUUGAUUAAGAAGUAGGCCUCAUAGAUAACUCAUGUUAUUUUGACUAACCCCCCUACGGAAAAAAAAAAUAUUGCCCGGCAUGGUUGAAAAAUACUCUGACAAAAGUAGUUUUUCGUGCCACCUGCUAUAUCCAAUUUCUUAAAUCCGCUGAAACAUAUUUGGUGGAAUAAUUGUUGAAUGGUAAAUCAGAUCGAGGUCUUGGGCUUAAUUUUACUGUACAGUUUGCCUGAUAUUUGGAGUUUUUCAUCAGAUUCGUGGUACCCAUAUACGAUUUAAUCUUUUAGAACGGAGUCGCUUAAAAGCAGAAUCAUGUGAUUAUUUUGCAGUGCCACAAAUAAAAAUAUAGAACAAGGUUUGGGCUGUAAUUCCUUUUCAAAGUGUGGCGAAAAAAGUUUUGAAGUCACGAAGUGACUGUAACUGUAACUUUAACGUAAGAAUUGUGUACAUGUAAUAUUGACUGAACUGAAUCAAAGCGUGUGUUUUAAAUUGAACAGUUUAUUGUAUAUUGAGUAACAAUCACAGCCCAGUAACUUUUAAUUCGGUCAUCCUGGCAGGGGUAAUAGAAAGGACACUCUUAGGAAUUGAAAUACGCACACACCGGUAAUGAACAGAUAUUUUCAGACUUUCAACUACUAAAAGCACUUAUCAUCACUCAAAAAGAGAAAACUUUGUAAAGCCAUGAAUAUACAAUUCUGAAUUUUUACUACAGAUGUACAUAAGAAUCAUGAACAUCGACCAUAAUAUAUCGUAUGGUACCCUGCCCCCCUUUUCAAAUUUGAAUGGCCGGGCAAGUUGCCCCCCCACCUUUCCCAAUCCCCCAUUUCCUGCAUAGAUUUACGCCGCUGAAUGUUUAUCAUACUUCAAAAGAUAUUCAAGGAGAGAAACAGUGGACGGAUUAACAAACAGAAGCGCUGUGAUCCUGCUGUGUGUCAAUAUUCUGACUUUAUACAAGCGUUAAUUGAAAAUAAUCCUUCCUUGACACGUUUGCUUUUCGUUAUGACUAAUGCAGCUGUUUUGAUUUAGAGAAUUUAGCAAUUCUCGAGGAUGAAACAUUCUUGCAAAGCAUAACACCAAAUAAAAACAAGUUUGUGGACUUUUUACUCAGCUCCUGACGGAACAGCUUAUAUUGGUCCAAGAUACGUAAACUUUUAAACCAUUUAAUUAUUGUGCAGUCAUUACAGUGAGUAAGAUUGCCUGACUGAGUUUGCUGGUGCAUAAAAGAGUUCAAUUUUGAUCAUAAGUAUGAAUAUUUAAUGCGCUACAAACAAAUGUUCAAUUGUAUAAAUAUCAUUUCAAACGUAAUUUUAAAUAUUGCACGAACAUUUCAAAAUGGUACAUUUAUUCUGUAUUCAGUCACGAACAUUUGACUUUGUAUGACAUAGCACUGUUGAAGAGAAUAGUGGCGAGCUUUGGCUGUUUGGAAUCUGUUUGAUAAAAUUGAUAUUUGAUUAGUCUCCUUGAGCUCUGUAAGUAGAGAUGUUCACAGUACAUGUAUAAACUGAGAUUUAUUUGGUGUCGAGAACA